AUGCCGUCGGCGCCGGCGUCCACCACGUCCUCGGACGCCAGUAUCUCGCCCCGCCCGAGCCACCCAAGCUCCAUAUCCAGUGCCUUGUCUACGCCAGUGUCUUUGUCGCUGCCAGGCCUGCUCCCUGGCACGCAUCUGGGUAUUCUGGCCUCCGGACCUCUGGACAAGCGACGGGACGGUGCUGUACGUGGUGGCUGGGCCAAGCGCCUCUUCCUUUUGUCCACGCGCAGUCUGCACUAUUACCGCAAGACGGAGGAGAUGGAGCUCUUUGGCAAAGAGCGUGGCCACGUGCUGCUUUCGGACAUUGCGUUCGCCAAGGUCGUGCUGCCUACUGACGCUCCUGCUGGUGCUGUCGAGCCUGGACGCGUGUCGUUUUACAUUGCGGUUUUGUCGAAACGGAAGACGCUGUUGCUGUUCCUGCGUGCUGACACGCUCGACUAUGCUAGUAGCUGGGUCAGCCUUAUUAAUAUUGCCGUGCAGACUGCAAAAAGCGUUGGCUUUGCGCCACGAUGGACAGUGGAGACUAUGCAGACGUUUCUUUCAGCGACUUCCGGUAACGAUGAAGAGCUUGAAGAAGUAGUGACGGAAUCACCUACGAAGGUCGUAAUGACGACGACGCCUGUUACGCGUCCGGUACCUUCAGUGCUUGUUGUUAGUAUGAUAUCUGGACAGUCGAGCGUGUCGGACUCAAUGGAACGGUUAGUUAAGCGAAAUAUUGAGCUUCAUACGGAACUGCAGCUGGGUGUAUUCGAGCAAAAGGACACGUGUGUUAUCGUGCUAAGUGACGGUGAAGAGAUCCGCAUUUCUCGGCAAAUGCUGGGAAACGAUACCGAAAGUCUACUUACAAGUACCAAGCCGCUCGAUCUGACGACCCCAGCACGCAGUCAACCAAUGCGACCUCAUGUCAUGUCGAUGUCCCGAGUAUCGGUUUCUUUCCGAUGCGUACCGGCUCCUCCGGCACCAAUCACACGACGGGACUCAGGCAUUCAGCCAGUGACGUCGUCGUUGCCUUCAACGUUCACUAUUGCUUUUCCAGGCACAUUGGGUGGGCUUUUCCUGAUAAGCUGUCUGGUGUCUUCUUACUGCGCGGCACCUUUUGUUGGGUUGAUGAAGAUAACUAUCGUGCUCGGCUUUAUCCUCUCAAUCUCCCAAAUCGCGCAGUUCGUUAUCUGCUUAUCAGAUACCAAAAGUCACAAGCGCUUGAGCUCCGUCUUGCUGCCAAUUUGCGGGUCAAGAAAAGCUGCAGCUACAGUGGAAAACGAACUCAUAUACCAUAUAACGAUCAGCAAAAUCGAAGUGGUCGAAGUAGAUCGAUUCGCAGAACUCGCACUGCCCGACGCAGUGCUACCUGCAGCGAAUGCGAGCGACUCCUCGGAGACUGCAGUGACAUCAAUCAGUGGCGGACCGAUCGCGUUCUCACCUCGAUUUAUCGCAGGUGAAAAGGGCGAUGUCGCAAAGGGUCGAGCGAGGUAUCUGGCUACACUGGAGUGGCGCGAAAACAACGGCAUCGACGAUAUCUUGGUGACACCGCAUCCGAACUUCGAAAUCAUCAAAAAGUACUACCCUCAGUAUUUCCACGGCAGAAGUCGUGAGGGUCUACCCGUAUACUAUGAACGGCCAGGCAAAAUUGAUCUUGCAGCACUGAAACGCGAAGGGCUCUCUAUGGAUGACCUGCUGCGUCAUUAUACGUACAUGACGGAGUACCUCUGGCGAGUACUGGAGCCAGACGACGCCGCUCGCUCAAUCACGGUGCUCGAUGUGACGGGUAUCGGCAUGUACGACCUCGGUGGAGAGGUCCUGGACUUUAUCAAGCGCGCGUCUGCAUUCACCGGCGCUCAUUAUCCCGAGCGCAGUGCCCACAUUCUAAUCAUCAACAUCCCCGGCUGGUUCAACAUGGUUUGGCGCAUGGUCAAGCCGCUGAUUGACCCUGUAACUCGCGAGAAGGUCCACAUGCUGAAGGGAGGUUGUGCCAUUCGACGCGAGCUGGAGAAGUUGAUUGACGUCACGAACAUCCCGUCCGACUUUGGAGGGGAAGGUGCGGCGCUAGGUGACUCGAAAGAAGAGCAUGCUUUAGCAGCACACGUCAAGGAGUAUCUGUGA